GAUUCACCGCAAAACCAGGCCGAGAUUCGUUUCGCGCAGGAGCCACCGGAGGCUUCUGCCCAAUAGCACGACCCGUGUAUAUGCAUACAAUCUCUACUAUUUAAUCUGCGGAAAAACAGUCCUGAAUGAUGUAUGGAUGGUGGCAGUGAGGGGGAGCACGAGAUCGCUUUGUAGAUAAAAGAGAAACGCGCUAGUGAUCAGCCUGAACCUGCUACACUUUUCCUUUUCAUUUCACAUGUAAGAGGCAGGAGAAGGGGACUUAUGUGGACGAGCACCAAUGAUGUCAGGAAAGCAUUACAAUGGACAGGAAGUCAGUUGCUGCAUCAAAUAUUUUAUAUUUGGAUUUAACAUAAUAUUUUGGUUGCUGGGUGUGGCCUUCCUUGGUAUUGGACUAUGGGCAUGGAGUGAGAAGGGCGUGCUCUCAAACAUCUCCUCUAUCACUGAUCUGGGUGGGUUUGACCCCGUCUGGCUGUUUCUGGUGGUGGGGGGUGUGAUGUUUAUCCUGGGUUUUGCUGGUUGCAUCGGAGCUCUGAGAGAGAACACAGUCCUCCUCAAAUUUUUUUCAGUGUUCCUGGGAAUUAUUUUCUUCCUGGAACUGACAGCCGGAGUUCUUGCCUUUGUCUUUAAGGAUUGGAUCAAAGACCAGCUCUUUUUCUUCAUAAAUAACAACAUCCGAGCGUAUAGAGAUGAUAUUGACCUACAAAAUCUAAUCGACUUCACUCAGGAAUAUUGGGAGUGUUGUGGAGCAUUUUCAGCCGAUGACUGGGAUCUCAACAUCUACUUUAACUGCACAGACAACAACCACAGCCGAGAGAAGUGUGGUGUUCCCUUCUCCUGCUGCAACAAGGACCCAGCGGAGGAUGUGAUCAACACACAGUGUGGAUAUGACGUCCGGGCUAAAAUAGAUGAUGAGCAAAAGAACUACAUAUACGUGAAGGGCUGUGUGCCUCAGUUCGAGAAGUGGUUACAGGACAACCUGACCAUAGUAGCCGGAAUCUUCAUAGGCAUUGCACUGCUACAGAUUUUUGGAAUAUGCCUGGCCCAAAAUCUAGUGAGUGAUAUUGAAGCCGUGCAGGCAAGUUGUUUGUUCACCUGAAGAUAAUGUUCCCUUAGACACAGAAUUCGACAGUAAUGGCGCCAGCAACAGAACCCAACAUGCCGCGGUCAUCAGGUUGCGUGUGUGUGUACAGACGUGACCUGCCUCAUUAUAUUUUAUUGGGGAAAUAAAGAUCUUUUCAGUGUUUCACAGACCAGUCACGUGUGUAUAAAAUGUAUAAAUGCGUGGCUGUGCAUUUGCACGUGUGCGCGUGCACAUUUCUUGGCAUAUUUUAUUAUUAGUAUGCACUACAUCUUCACUAUGUCCAAUGAUUUAGAGUGUUAGUUUCCUGUUAACAUUGUUUCAUAAUCACACACAUUGAUAUUAUUCUACUAAUGAACAAAUCUCUGUCCCGUUUGUGGACAGUGACUGGUAACCGUUUGGUGCCGUAAUACCUCAAAAGGUAUGAACCUGUACUUCAUCAAGGUAAAGUCUAUAAUAUUGAACGACCUCUGACACCAGCAGAAUAUACAGUGAAAGUAUUGUGUAGUGAUUUAUAAUCAAAUCGAAAGGUUCAGAGGUUAUAGUCACUGAUAAAUAUAAUAGUUAAUAUGUUAGUAGAAAAAUGGCUUGGAGAGAUGAAUAUCUAUUUAGAUUAAAUAUACUUCAAAAAGUAUUCAGUUACACACUUUCUAUAAAGGUCAGGGAUUUUUAGAGUGAUUUCCUGACUGGUUUUCCAUGUGGAUGUUCUACAGUUUAUUUAAGCAGCCAAUGAAGAAAUGUCUGAUGAACAUAAAUAUGUUAAGUGAAAGAAUGUAAAAUGUAUAAGGGAAUGUUUCUCUAAUGUAGGAAUAUUAUAAGCAAAGGAACUAAUGUUGAAUACACUGUCAAUUCUGUGCUCUACUUAUCCAUUUUAUCAAAUAAACAAUUUUUCACCUGACGUUGUGCCUCACAUUAAACAUGUGGAAAGGAACUACAUCUGGUUACCAAGUACAUUGGUGCUCAUUAUUAUCAUAAAUCAAAUUGCAAAAUCAGCCCCAGAAUUUGAGGAUUUUAUGGAAACUUAGUAGAGUUUAUGAAAACUAUAAAUGUAGUAUUGUGUAUAAACCUGUAAAUUAAGUGUAGAGCUUUCAUGUAUUAGUAUUGUGUAAGAAUAAACUAUUUCUCCUCUCUCUCUCACACACACACACACACACACACACACACACACACAGACAGGAGAAGCUCUAUACUACUUAUUAGUUUUCAGUUAAUCUUCUGUAUUUGUUUUUCAGUCACUGGAUCUUUAAAUAUUAAUGAGGACCUGUUGUGGAUUUUUGUUCUCUUGUAUUAACUUGUGCAAUUACUUAUAUAAAUGCUUUUGGGGUCGAAAUACUAUUAGUAUUGUUCCUCAUUCCACAUCUUUCUCCUGGUAUUUUUUUAACAUUUUUAGAUACAUGCAACGAUUCAAAUGGUUGAAAUCACUUCUCUGAAUACUAUAAAUCUAUUAAUAUCUCCAAGAUCGAUGCAUGUUCCAAUGCAAAAAUGUGUGACGGGCGAGAAAGAUGCCACCCUGCAAAAACUGCAGCAGGCCACCAGAACACAACUAGCUGAAAAGAAAGGUGGUUUAACUGAAGUUCUCGUGAAGUAGCUUUGAGAAUUUUAUAGGUUUAAACAUCAUUGUUUUAAAUGAGUAAAAACUUAUAAGGGAAAAAAGGGCCAUGAAAGCAAUUUAUCGCCAGCAAUUGUCUUUAAUAAUCAUUUUCUAUCUGCCAAAUGUACAAUUAAUCAGUGACAUUUACAACAACUAUUCGAGUUUAAAUAUUUGUAAUGCAGUUUUAUAUAGAUAUAUUGGUUUGCUGAGUGGUUCCUUAAGGUUACAAAUCUGAUAAAUAACAUUUACCGUACAUAAAGUGACCACGUCAGGGAGGUACGGUAUCCCAACAUGCAAUGGAAAGGCAUGUUUCGUGAUACUCAGUGGGUUGGUAAAAGACAAACCUGUACACAUGCAAAAAAAUCCAGCUCAGGAAAUAAAAAUGUACCACAGUAUCAAAUGUACACCUUUGAGAACGAGCACUGAAGAGAGCACGUCGUCUCGGGCACUCAGAAUUGUUGCUCAAUGCCAUGGAUUGUGGAACUGUUGGCAGAAUUUCAACCACCUCAGAACAUAAAACACUCGUAUGCACUGACUUGUCUAAGCCCAUUCUUGACACUUGACAUGAUUGCUUAUUAUAUAUUUAAAGACCUUAUGAUCCAUAUCCAUUUGCGUUGUUAUGCCUGCUAAAAAGACAGUUGUGUUAAACAGCGUGCUAUAGAACAGAUCAUAUAGCCUAACAUUAUUAACAAUGUAAUGUCAAGCAACUUUUUUUUUACUAUUCUGACUACGUGUAUGCAGCCUAGACAUCGUCAUAAACUCUGACAAAAGGGCGGCAAAUAGAAAUACUUAUUAAUUGUUAACAAGAUGCUAUUAUUUGUUCAUAAUAUCCAUAUGACAACAGUAAUCUGUUUCAAAAUUCAACAGACCAGUGAUAUGGAAUUAGCUCUUUCCAGGAAAGUGACUACAAACAGAAGUGGCACUAGGACCAUGAGGGGGUUCGAACGUAAAGAGUUUGCUCUGCUCAGGUCAUCCCACCUACAGUACAAACACAUUUGAUCUCUACUCGAAACAUGUCAAAGGCAGGUACUAGUGUAUAUAUUAAAGGGGGGGAAAGUGUAUUGUAGAGAGCGAGGUGUAACUAGCUGAACACAGAUGCACCAUUAAAUCAGACUACUUAAAAAAAAAAAAAA